GCUGCGCUGCCAACAGUCGCGUUCUGGAGCUGUGAGCGAGCGCACUUCGCGUGGCCGCCCCUCGCCGUCCGGUGAACGGUGUGUGAUUCAUUCGCGACGAGCGUCUUUCGUGUUUCUGGUUUUCCGCUUGGAAAAUGAGGUUGUCUUCCGCGUGCUUGGCGGCUUAGUUUAAAAAAAGAAAUAGUAAUAACGAGAUUGGUUUGUUGCGCGGUGGACUUGUGAAAUUUUAUGAAGUGAGAGUUGUUCCUGGAAGAAAAGACGUCAAGAUGAUGGCCGAUGGGUACCUCGUCGGCGACGGGUCUUGGAACCUGCGGGUGUGCGUCACCAACCUGCAGGUGGAGCGAACGCUGCGCGUCAAAGGCGACCUGCACAUCGGGGGAGUGAUGCUGAAGCUCGUCGAGGACUUAGGUACAAUAUUUUGCGACAAUUAUUUGUCACAGUGUCGACACACAAGUGAUGAAUGA